CUGACGGCCCAAUCCAUUUCUUUCAUUCAUCGACUGCUAUUCGUCUCCCUUGUUGCUCCUCCUCCUUACCUUGCCGAUUGGUGCUACCGCCCGCCAUUAGCCUUGCUGCCACCGCCGCUGCUCUUCUCUCGUUGCCGCCGCUCGUUGCUCGUCGCUGCCAGCUUGCCGCUGCUGUUCGCUGAUGAGACAAUUAAAACAUUUCACCCUCCGGAGAAUCGGGACGUAGGGAGAGCUCGAGAUGAACAAGUCCACACACAACUUGAAAGAGAGACUUACAGAAGAGAGUGUGCAAUAGAGGACGAGAGGCAGGGGAGAGAUGAUGGAAGCCUCCAUGUUUGGAAAGCCAGUAGUGAGAGCUGUAGAAGGCAAAAGGGUAAUAGAUUGCUUUUUCUCUCUGCUCAAGAAUAUACUACCGAAAAGCAAUUUAGAAGCAAAGUUGAUGAGAAAGAUCCAAUGGUAGGCUCUACUGGACCAAAAAAGCUUUCUGGGAUGCAGAAGCAAGUACUUGGUCUAUACAGAGGGUUUUUGCGAGCAGCACGCACCAAAUCCCCUGAAGAUCGACAUCAAAUUGAAUCAGUUGUGACAGCUGAGUUUCGUCGCAAUUCAGCAUUAGUUGAACGUAAGAAUUUCCUCUAUAUUGAAUACUUGCUUCGGCGUGGUAAGAAACAGCUUCAACAGCUUCAGAGCCCAGAUACUGUUGGGUUAUCACACUUGAAUGUAGGUUUCUCGCAAACUAAGAAAUCAUAGUAAGCCAAGAAAAUAUUUUAGUGACUGGAUUUUUUGUGCAAUUUUUGUUGGUAAAUUGUUGAGAGAGGGCCAAAUAAAAAUUCUUCCUUUCUAAUAAAAAUAGUAGUAGUUUAUCAUUUUCAGUAUCUGAAUCGUUUUAGUUUUUAUCAGUUGAUAGGUUGGUUGUUCAGAGUUGAUUUGAAUUGUUUAUUCA